GCACGGACGGACAUCGGCAGCGAGCUGGAGACCACGUGUUGUGUGCCGUCGUUUGUGUCGCGUAUAUCGUCCCUCCAUUGCGUUUCGAGCAUUGCAGAUGUGACACCCACCAGUGGCUUGUGUUUAUGCAGUGAAGGAAAUAAUAGCAGACCUCAUCACCAGCUUCUUUCCAGCGAGAAUAUUUUGGAUGACCAUGAAAUUUGCAGAACCGACGAAAGGUGGUCAACUAAACGGUUCAACUGCUAGGCGUUUCCACCGCGAUGAUGACGCUACUGGCAGACGGAUUAAUAAUAGCGGCAGCGGCAUCAUGAUCGUUAUCAACGUGGUUGUGUUUGUUUUAACUGUGCUGCCGAUGGGGACCGUGGCCCAGCUUCCACUUAGUCUGCAGAAUCUCAUCGUUGAAAACGUGGCAAUAGAAGAGUGUGCCCUGCGGCCCGCGCUUACUGGAACACAACAGUAUGGGAACAAUCGGCCGUUCUGUGAUUACUCGGUUCCGAAUCGCACCGUGUGCUUCCGCGGUAUUGAUACGAAAAAGCUUCAGACGGGUGGAGCGAAGCUAAAGCAAACAAAACAACUGAUUCUAUGCGAUUGGGCCACGCGUACCUUCGAUCCGCUCAUACUGACCAAGCUGGUACCGCAGCUGGAGCGAUUCGCUUUGACCGGAAGGACAUUGCAACGCUUGGUACACCACUUUCCGCCACUGUCCAAACUGCGUGAACUCAACAUAACUGGCACGAGGCUUAAUCAUACUGAUGCGAACACAUUUUACGAGUUGGAGCAACUGAAGGUUCUCAAUCUACGAGGCAAUGAACUGGAACAGAUUCAGCAGUACCGUUUCCUGAGCGAUCAUGUCGAUAUCUAUCUGCAAGGAAAUACCUGGAACUGUACCAACGACAUGAUCUGGUUGCUGCGGGAACGAUCCGAUCAGUACGUUGAUAAGCCUUCCUGGGUUUGCAAGGACUGGAAGUACACGGGACGACCGGUGGUGACGGCAAUGGAGUACAAGCGGGUCGUACAAGAAAGCUGUCAGCACGAGGAGAUCUGGAACUGCACUUGCCACGUGUCCUACUUGCGGUUAAGCGAUAACGGACUAUCCUUUCACCCGAUGAUUAUGGUCAACUGUAGUGACCGGGGGUUCUAUCAGUUGCCACAAUAUUUGCCCGGUAACACUACAGUACUGGACAUUGCCAGGAAUAAGCUUCAGUCGGUAGACAGCCUCACUACAAAUGAACACUACCAAACGGUGCAGGAUAUUUACCUAGACGAUAAUCAGAUUACUUCGAUCGACAUAUUGGAGGACACGAUUUGGUUGGAUCAUUUCCGAAUUCUUAGUCUGCGAGGAAACAAACUGAACCGGAUACGGGUUUACAGUGUGGAGCAUGCGAUGGAACGGAACCCCGGUGUCGGGAAGCUGUACCUCUCCAACAAUCCGUGGCGCUGUGGGUGUCGCUUCGCGAUACGCUUCCAGCGGUUUCUUCGCAAACACGAAUCACUGGUCGCGGACACUCGCAACAUAACUUGCUACUUUAUCAACGACGAUGACGGCCGGAAACAGUACCUGCCCGUGCUGACACUCACACCGAACGAUAUCUGCCGGGCCUCGGAACCCAAUACGGCCGCUUUCUACAACACACUCAGCAUCAUUUUUGCAUCACUGAUCGUCCUCAUUUUCACUAAACUGGGCUACGAUUACUAUCGCUACCGGAAGUAUGGAAAGCUGCCAUGGUUGAUCAUGAAAAUGCCCUAACAUUCCAUUCGUUCGCCUUUGGAUAAUCGUGGAGCUGGGAAACUGUACUUAAAAGCAAAACAGUCCAAACUGUAAUCUGAAUUGUGAUAGUGACUGCUUGUGGAAUGGACCUACGCGAU